AUGGAAAAGAACAUUCAGAAGUUAUAUGAUCGUUCUAUUCGUACUUGGGGGAUGGAGGCACAACAAUUGUUAUUAAACUCUCAUAUAUUGGCUGUUGGAUAUGAUCCGUUAAUGUCAGAAAUAUUGAAGAAUGUUGUAAUCAGUGGAAUAUCAAAAGUUACUGUGAUAGACACUUAUAAAGGUGAACCAAUUCAUACAACCCAGUGCGAUAAAAACCAUUUAUUUACACUUGAACAAGGCAGUGUUAGAACGUCAUCCAUAGAAAAAGUAAAAAGUGUUAAUAGUGAUCUAACAAUUGAUGUAAUUCAAGAAAAUCAAUUAAAUGAUGAUUUAUUUAAUUCUCUUUCUGUAAUUAUUUGUACUCUUCCUGAUGAACGUUUAUUAUCAAAAUUAGAAUCCUCACAUAAACCAAUAAUUUUUUGUUCAAGUAUUGGAGGUAUUGGUAGCUUUUAUGUAACUAACAUCAAUGGACAUUAUAAGCCAAUUAAAGAAUAUGUUUUUUCUGAUAUUCCAAAAAUGAUUGCAAGACAAGUCAUUAAAACAUAUUUUAUUCAAUACAAUACAAUGGACACUUAUUCUAUUGACACACUAUCAUCUUCGUUUGUUCAUCACCUCAAUAAAGAAGAACAACUUGAAUUACUAGUCGGAUUUAAUUAUGCACCAGUGAACAGUGUUAUUGGUUCUCUUGCUGCUCAAGAAGUUAUAAAUAUUAUUGGUAAAAGGCCAACAUAUACUAAUGAAGAUUCUAAUGGGUUUAUUUAUGAUUCUGUUAAUAACAUAGGAGAUAUUAUUUGUACAGACACUCAAUUACAACAAAAGAAUAUCAAGAUAGAUGAAAACAAACAUUUUGUUGUUCUUGAUUAA